AUGCUUGCUUCUCAAAGCAGGCAGAAAAGUUAUGCAGAUCCCAAGCGACGGGAUGUUACAUUCCAACCUGGUGAUCAUGUCUUUUUACGAGUAUCCCCGAUGAAAGGAGUCAGACGUUUUGGAAAGAAAGGUAAAUUGAGCCCUAGGUUUAUUGGACCUUUUGAAAUUCUGGAAAAAGUUGGGCAAGUUGCUUAUAGGUUAGCCUUACCUCCAGCAUUAUCAGCAGUGCAUAAUGUAUUUCAUAUUUCCAUGCUGAGGAAGUACGUGUCUGAUCCAAUGCAUGUUUUGAGUUACGAAGCAUUGGAAUUGCAACCUGACUUAUCAUAUGACGAACAACCAGUGCAAAUUCUGGAUAAGAAGGAAAAGGUUCUCCGAACCAAAACCAUAUCAUUAGUCAAGGUACUUUGGAGAAACAGUAAAGUGGAGGAAGCCACUUGGGAAUUGGAAUCUGAUAUGAGGGCCCAGUAUCCUGAGUUAUUCAGGUAG